UUUCUCUCGACUUUGUUCUUUAAAGAUUAGAUUUAUUUCCCCCAACAAUUCCUCUUAAAACAUCACAAGAAUAUUAUCAACUCGUGAGUAUGUUUACAUUUCCUUUCUUUCUUGGCAUUAAAACAGUUCCUCUCUCACACCUCCUCCCUCAUAUUCUGAAUAGUUUUAAAAGUGAAUAAAUCUGGAUGAGAGGAAGUGACAGUUAUCCAUAUUUAACAGGUUAAUUACAUAACUUCAGGAAAUUAUAAGGAAAGUUUCCAGUAAAUUCUUGUGUCUCCCUCUUAUUCUCUCGUAGUGACAUGAUUUAAUUAUUUCCUUUUCUGCCCAUAGUCCACAUUUCUGCCACUAGUCCACCGGCUCUCUCUAAAUAUAUCAAGUUAAGUGUCUGAACCCGUCCUGUGGUCUCCUGCCGACUCACUCCAUCGACCAACUGGAACAGCGUCUUACCCCAACGCAUCAACGUCGGUGCUCGUAACCCCGGCAAACCGUGAUCUACCAUAGCUACAGUGUUUCUCUGUCACACCUGGUGAGUUCAGGUCAUCACAAGACCAGUGGUCAGCAAACCACCAGUCAGAAAACCAGUCAGUCCCGAACUGGAUCGUGCACUGAUGAGACGGAUCAACAUGACAGUCGUUGCUGCUCUGGUUCUGUUGCUGGUGAACGUGGAGCUCAGCUUCUCCUGUGACGCAGAAGGACCAGUGUUGAUCUGCAGGAGCAUCCCUGCACAUUUCAGUCCUGGUUAUUUGACGCUGGCGAUGUACGUGAGUGACUUCGGGGAGAUCGGCUCCUCGGUGUUCCACAGCGCCGGCCUGGCCUCGGUGACCAGGCUCAGGAUGGACACCGCCGGCGUCACUUCCGUCGCUGAAGGAGCCUUCGGGUCCUUCCUGAACCUGACGAGCGUCAGUCUGACGAGGAACGAGUUGACCCAUGUGACCUGGAGAUGGUUCGGACGCCCUGAGGUCCUCACAGAGCUCCACCUGACAGAAAACCACAUCGGAACCCUGAGCGGGUCGGAGCUGAGCGGCCUGGUCAGCCUCACGGAGCUCCGCCUGAACAAGAACAGAAUCACAACGCUCGGUCCGGACAGUCUCCUCGCGCAGGUCCACCUGAUGGAGCUGGACCUGUCGGAGAACAGGAUGACCCGGAUCUCAGCGCAGGUCUUCAGGUCACUCCGGUCCACCCGGGUCGGACUGGACCUGAACCCCUGGGACUGUUCCUGUGGAGCCGAAGACCUUGUUGUUCUCCUGACAGGUCUACAGAGCAGGUCCCAGCUGGACCGACCCACGGAGGUCACCUGCGAGACGCCUCCUGCCCUCAGGGGUCAACCGGCGUGGAACGUGACGGUGUGCAUGGUGUCACCGGCGCCAGGAUCCACGUCCCAGUCACAACCUGGUCACACUGAACCCACCGAUGGGCCGAGAGCCUCCACAACACCUGUGACGUCCCCAUCAUCAGAGACGGAGACAGAGACGAAGAUGGAGACGGAGACAGAGACGUCUGUCACCUCACAAUCUGGAGAAACUGAAACAUGUUUGACUUCAGAACCAUCAUCCAAUACAACUACAGUGUGCACACUCAUCACUGUGAUAGUGGUCCUGUGUGUGGCGCUGUGUGUGUUGUGUGUCCUGGCCGUGCAGCACCGGAGGAGACUGAGCCACAAAGCUGUGACGCCGAAAGAAGAGAGAGACGAGUCUGAAGCAGCGAGAGGUUCGAGUCCCGAUGAUUCUGCAGGAGGCUCAGAGAGCAGAGACCCGGAGGAGGCCUGGAGGAGGCCGUUCACUGGAGUCCGAGCCAAGUCGGCUGACGCUGUUCUCUUCAUCUCUGCUUCUGGGGUGUGUGGGGACAGUUCAGUGUGGACUGUGCAGAACGACCUGGAGGCUCAGUCACAAGACGCAGAGAACCAAGGAGACACAGGGAAGAAACUGGAAAAUGAAGCGGAAGCAACAAGUGGAAAUCAGGCAGAAAACAUGAGUGAGAAUAAUGAGAAACAAUCUGAUGACGGCAAUAGGAUGGAUGAAAACCCUCAGUGUGUUUCUGUGGGCGCUGACACUGAACCUUAUCUGAGCAUCGGCACCGAUCAGAACCAAACGAAUCCUGAGAAUGUCAACAAACGGUCCAAUGAAGGUUCAGGUCAAGGGUCGCAGACGGGGAAUGUGAUGGGGAGGAUUUCCACCUGGCCUCCGACUGCAGUUCAGUGGCAGGAAAGAUGUCAAAUGAAGGAGGAGGGAGAUGAGACGGAGAAGUUCCCCGGUGAAGUGAAGAAGAAUGGAAACAAACUGGAGCGUCCCUCCAAUUCUGACAAGAAGGAAGAAGAAAUGGACCAAAAUCAAAUGGAAGAUUUAAGAACUUCUCAAAACCAAGAUUCUCAAGAGACGAAUGCAGUUCUCAUGAAAACGAAUCCUACUCAGUCCUUAGAACCAAACUACAAGACCUCAUCUUUCAGCGAGGCUCCGGCCCCCACGGACAGAGAGCAAGAGGGCCAGGACUCAGAGAGACGAACGAGUCCUAAAACCCCAAAUCAAGACCCUGGAUUUGCAGGAAACCCCAGGCAGAAGGCCUCCAGCCAAUCAGAGCAGAGGAAUGAACCAAAACAAGCUGUGACGAGCAGACAGGGGGCAGACAGAAGCACCGCCUCAAAGGCUCCCUCUGGUGGAGCCUCGCCAGAUGACGCAACGCUGCUGUAUGGCAACGAGUACGCCUUCAUGGACCUGCUGCACGAGGUGGCCCAGAACAACGGCCGCUGGACGCGAGAGAGGUGGAGACAGACACAAGUCAACAGGCAGCGGCGCUAGUUAAGACUCUGGCUCAAGAACAAGUUGUGUUUAUAUGUUGUGAUGUAGAGUUUUGCAAUUUAAGAUUUCUUUUAACUGCAAUUGUGUGAGAUCAAAUCAGCACUUAAGAUUCAGUCAUUCAUUAUUUCUUGGUAAGGGUUGAAUGAAGAGAAGGACAUGACUCCAGUGAGAGUCCAUUAAAGGGACACUCUGGUGAUUAAGAAGAGACGCAUCAAAGCAACAAAGACUGAGAUAUCCUAAUUGUUUCAUCUCUGUUGUGUGUGAAGCUCCAGAAACUGUGGAUCCUACAUUUCAUAUAAUAACCUCGGCUCAGGAAGUUGUUUUCAUUACUGUCUGUCUGUAGUGCAGCCAGAUUACUCAAAAACUACAGACGUUUUGCGGAAGAAAGAAGAACCCCUGCAAUUUGGGAGCGGAUCCAGGAAAGGUUGAAUUCAGUCCUUUAAUAAAGCAGGUUUACAGAUUACAAAACAUUGAUUAUUUCUCUUAAUUCUGAUUUAUGAAUGUAAUUAGCAAGAUAAUUUACAGCUGACGAA